AAGCGGGAGUGUUGGAAAGUUUAAAAUAGCACGAAAAUUGGGAGAAUUUCGCACUUAAUAAAUUUGUUUGUGUGGCAAUUUCUGCGACCAGAGACUUUACUGUGGACUUUCACUAGAAAUUGGUGGAGUUCUUGCUCUUUUCCCGAGUGAAGAGCGUUUAAUACGUUGAAUAUGAGCGAAAUGGUGGGCCACCAGAGGAGAGAAGAUUCACCUGUGGCCAGGGAUAUCUCCAUGUCGCCGUCAUCGCGACGUCGGGCGGAUUUUACGCUUCGCCAGCUUCAGAAUGAUGUCAUGUUUCGAGCUAGAUCGACACUCAGUAGCCUAGGAGAUGUCAUGAAGCGUCCUUCUUCCUCAAAAAACCAUGCCAAACCUCCUCAUAAACAUCGCAGCACGCUAGACUUCUUUAUGUGCACCCGACAUAAGAAGAUCGAAGCCAAAAAGGAGACCCUGAACGAAAAAGUGCCAUCCGAUGUAGUCAAUCGAAGACCGAAAAGCAAACUGACACGCAAUAAGAGCCUGGAUUGUGAAGGCGAAGAGAAUCUCCCUCUUAGAAAGAAUGACACAAGUCUCUCCGUUGGGGAAAAUCUCAACUGGAUUCCAGAAGAAAAUCCUCCAAGAGCACGACCUUCAUCUUAUCAUGAUGGCAAUGUAACGGUUAAAGCACGGCUAAAGCUCCAGAAAUUCAUUUCUCAGGACGAAAGUGCAAUCACUCCGAUUAAAUCCCCAAAAAUCAUACGCCAAUCCUCUUAUGAUCCUCGAUCCCAACGCAUUUCUGAAGAGAAACACUCUGAGGAGAACCACAACUUGGAAGUGCCUCAGAAGCCUCGCAAAAAGCUCUCUUUCCGAGAACCAGAGAACGACGCUUAUUUCCAGCGAAGCAAUAGUCUAGAUUCUGAGCUUGAGUCACAGGCCAUGAGGAUCGUUCGCACUGUUGGUCAGGCCUUCGAAGUAUGCCACAACCGCAAAGUGGCCACCCAGAACGCCAAGGCGGCAUCCUUGGAGCGUGAGGAUGCAGGCUCAGAGACGCCCUGUGAUACAUCGGAACAGGAUCGAUGCUCGGACCCACUGACAGACGACGAGGAGCCUCGCAAAGAAAUCAUCCCCAUCACGCCGGAGCCCGUGCUGGCACGACCAAAUCACCUGGACAUCCUCUCGCAGGUCAAUUUCGACAGCCGGAAAUCACCACAGGAGAACGACGACAGGGCCGCCAGCCCGAUGCCCGCCGCUCGCGAAAUCCAGAAGCUGAAGGAGCAGCUGGAGCAGCAGAGCCUGCAAACGCGCCAGGCACUGGCCCAGCUCAUGCUCGUGCGGGAACAAUUGAUUUCGGAGACGAACGCCAGGGUGGAGGCUCAGGCCCGCACACAGCAGCUUCUGCAGCAGAACCGAGAGCUUCUGGAGCAUAUUGCCGCUUUGGGAGGCUACCACGAGCCGGAUAGACCCAGCCUGACGGCGGCCACCCUCGGGAUUGCGCCUCAGUCACCACUCUUCCUGACUCCUACUUCGGACGAACUAGGUUCUCCUGUUCGCAAGACAUUCGCACCACCCAAUGCGGCGACACUCACCCAACUGGGCACUAUAAAUCAGCAACUGACCACUCUCAGUCAGCAAUUGUCGGGCCUAAAUCAACAACAGCAGAACCUUCACAAUCUCCAGCAACUAACUUUUGGAGCUGCUCCCCUAUCUUCGUCUUUUGCACCCCCCAGAAGCACCCCGUCGAGUAGUGGAGAACUGAUCUCGCAGCAGGAACUCUUCCAACUCAAUGCGGAGCUGUUGUCCCGCCUGCAGAAUCUAAACUUUGGCCAAAAUGGCACCCAAAAUGGAAUGAAUAACAACUCACCGCAAAGUUCCUUCAUCUUCUGCAAUUCUAGCGCUUUGGGUGGCAAUAACAAUGCCAAUCUUCUGAACUCACCAUCAAGCGGAAGCAAUCUUACACCCUCGCCACUUGGAACACUCAACCGCUCCUCCUUCUCGACCAGUCCACUGGACGAUAGUCUGGCCGUGAGCUUGGAGAGAAACCUAGACGCCAGUGAUCACGACACUCAUCUUAUAAAGCCCUUAUCUCAAGUUGGCACCCUCACAACUCUGGAUUCUGAGGGAAAGGUGAAAGUUUUGGUACCUGUUUCUGGCAGUUCCAGAAGCACAACAGGCCGCAGAACUGAAAAGAAAGUCACUCUGCCUGAAAUGGUGACACUCAAAGUUACGGAUGAGAGUGGAAAUGUGACAAAGAAGCUUCCAGCGACGCCGAGUUUCAUCACAAGGAGCACCAGCGAAAAAGUGCCCAGUCGCAGUCAAAUGAUGGUUCAGGUGCAGAGGACGCAAUGGGCACGGCACACGACCAAGUAGAUCGCUAGCGAAAGAAUCACAAGAGGAGGGAUUCGAACAAGAGUACCACAUAAUCACGUAUAUUUUAACGAUCGACGCUUCUUCCACGAGGAAGACUAUAUUUUCUCAAGACUUCCAUACUUGUAUGUGAAUAGAUCUUUAUAAAAAUCCACAAAAUAAAUAAAAACCUAUAUAAAUCAAAGCAUAAUUAGUUAAUUAAAAUUAUCGUUUGCGUUAUUUUUUCUGGCCAAAUAAUAAAAAAGCGCAGAAUUAUCAGCUGAUAAGUAAGCAAAUUGUAAAUCUUUAGAUUCUAUUCACAUAUUAAGUAUUCAGAAGAGACGAAAAAUACAGAAAUCCUUGCCAAAUUCUUGUCAAAUCACUCUCUACAGAUAAUUAAGUUGAAACUUCCUCAAUCAACACGAGUCGAGAAAAAAACGAACCCUCCUUUUGUGAGCACUUCGAGGGGUUCUUUUGAAUCUCCUGUCACUUUCACUAAUGAAGAAGGUGAAUUCUAUUGUUGGGAACAAUUCAAGACUUUCUGGAUUAUCAAUUUUUUCCCUCUUCUGAAAGCUUGACAGGGAUUCCCUCAAACUUAUACUAUAUAUUAUAUACAAUAUUCUUUCUGUAAAUAGCAACAACUCCUAAUUGUCAAUUUUAUAUUAAAUGAAAAGAGAUUCUAUUCUAUUUAUUGUAGCUAAGGAAAUUUACUCUUAACACACUCUCUCUUUAAUGUUAGGUAUAUUCAGAAUAUCAAUUUUCAUAAAGGAUGUCUUCGAAUGUGGUGCCAAGAGAUAAACUGUUCUUCUCAUAUUAAAUCAUGAAAAAAUAUCACAAUUAAAUUAUCUUACAUGUUAGGCUGAUCAUUUGACAAAAAGUGCCAAAGAACAAUGGAAUAAAUUGAAUUACAUAGUAUUUUUAUCUUAAGGGAUUAAUAACGUGAACAUGAGGCAUUUCCCAGAAUCCCCAGCCUGUGAAAUUCCCCCCAGAGACCAAUUCAAUUGGUCAUUCGCACCUGAAAAUGCAGGUGAAAAAUUAAUUAAGCCCACCAAAUCCGCCUGAGGCGCAUCUGAAUCUGAAAGCUCUGCAGCUUUAUCCAUUGUUAAUAGCAUUUUCUGCCCAUAUUUGAUUCAAACCAGAACCUCCCCGCAACACAGGACAGGGAAAUCAAUGGGAGUGACGCAAAACCAUGUUCACGUACAUAAAAUUGUACAUAGUUCUUGAGAUCCUAGGUUUAAAAUGAAUAUAUUGUUAAUUUUGAGAUCAAGAGGAUAUUUUACCAGUGUUACAAUUAUCUUUUGUAUAUCGUUUAGCGUGAUGUGAAGAUGCCAAUGUCACGAUGAGAAAAUAAAAUAGUGAAUUCUAUUGGAGCUUUUUUAUCAGAUAUGCAAAUGUAGUCAUGGCAUUUUUUCUUCUUCAAACUUUUUGAAUUUCCCAAUCAAGGAUGGAAAUGCAAAGUAUCGAUCCAAUAACUUAAAUCUGAGUAUUUUAUGCUUGCAGCUAUCCUCAACAGCCAAAGUGGCUCGCUGGUUUUCACAAUUGCCAUGGAAUCAGGCUUCGCUUUCGCGUCCAGAGAGUGGCUUCGUCUCUGGUGAUUCACGGAGCGAAAAGAACAUC